AUGAAGGCAGGUUUCAAAAGAACGCAGCUGGAGAAAGUCAAGGAGGCAGAGGACCACGAUGAGCCAACACCGGAUGGCAACACACCAUUCAUGCCGUAUGUACCUGCAUCGCCUGCAAAGGUGCCGCUGCGGAAUUCUGACUGCAAGUGGAAUUAUCGCAAAGCCAGAUGUGAGCCGAAGUAUGCCUGCGAAUACAAGUUUCGGGCCGGGGACUUCAAGCUUGGUCAGAGCUGCCGCCUGAAAAUUGACAAGUUCAAACCUACAAGUGAUAAGGAUUGCCUUUGGAACUACAAGGAGGUGAAAUGCCACGAUUCGCUUUACUGCUCACGGCAAUGCAAAGCUGGCGACUUCAAUUUGGAUGCGUGCUGCAAGCUGCGCAAGAGCAAGCCUGGGACAGAACCCGGCUCUCAAAAGUCUGAGGCCCCAUCGUCCACGACGACUGCAACUUGGGAAAGCCACGCAGGCAGCUCCAAGGAUGAAUCCGAGGAGGAUGUGGAUGAUGACAUAGGACUGAAAGCAGAUUGGACAGACGACGACUCUGCUUUCGUGGACCAAAUCCUGAAGGAGCUGGAUGAUGAGGAUAUAGGGCUGGAGUCCGACUCUGAAGAUGUUGAAGGAAACAAACGGACAGGUGAGGACAUUGGUCUUGAGGCUGACGACGAAGCAUCGCCGGAACAUGAUGAUGGCAACGCUGGAGAGAAGGAUGGUGAGGAAGAAGGCAACUGCAAAAGUGAGUCUGAUCGGACAAUCUUGAAAAAACCCGACGUCCCAGAGGAGCUUGAGAAGAUCGGGACAGCUAGCUGGAGCACAAGGAGGUGGAAGAUCGUGAGAGAGAAGUCGCUGAAACUACACAUGGAAAAGCUCAACCUGUCGGAGCUUUGUUCCACGUGCUUCGUGGACGUUUCUGAUUGCAGCACCAAAAACUGCUUCUCAUUGCUGGCCAGGAAAGGAAAGAGCCAUCCUGAGUCUGCGGCUUGCAUCGAGGAGCACUGCAACCAAGCUCUUUUGCAAUGCACCGGUCUUUCGAAGGAAGAGCUGCCAUAG